AAUGGAAACCAAGGCUUUUCUGCAAUCAGUUUCAGUUUUGACACCUUGGCUUUUUCGGACGAAAAACGUUGAUGAGAAAUUUCCUGGCCCUCUCUAGCUCCUUGUCUUGCAGGCUAUGGCUCUGCAGGUGGCAGUGUUGCCAGCAGCCUGACUGAAAUAUAGCCAGUCUCCUGUCCCUGCCUCAGAGCCAGCCUGCGCACUGCACAGAUCCUGGGCGUGAACAUGCGGCGUUUGGCCUAGGAGGCUUGCCAUAGCUCUGCUGCAUGAGAGCUCAGCCCAGGAGAGCUUGAAUGCAAUGUGAAGCAAGUGACCUUUGCCCUGGGCCUUCCCUUGCUGCAGGUUCUGGCUCAGGCUCCAGCCCCUGGCCUGAAACGCAGCUGGAGGCAUCUGUGAAUUGGCUGCAGCCAAGAGAAAACUGCUGCUAACCCUGUUAACUGCGCCCCGGGAAGCCAUGACAACUGUGCUGCUAGUGCUUGGGCUGCUCCUGGGCCUCUACGCCCUCCUCUAUUACAACUGCAUCAGAGGGGCCAAGUGCAGGGCGCAAAGCAGCCUCCGAGGGAAGACCGUGGUUAUCACAGGGGGAAACACUGGGAUUGGGAAGAUGACAGCCCUGGAUCUGGCCCGGAGAAAAGCUCGUGUCAUCCUGGCCUGUCGCAGUAGAGCGAGAGGAGAAGCGGCUGUCUAUGACAUCAGGCGGGAGAGCGGGAACAAUGAGGUUCUCUUCAUGAGUCUGGACCUGGCCAGCCUGGACUCAGUGCGAGCAUUUGCAGAGACUUUCCUGAGAUCUGAGCCUCGCCUCGACAUCCUGAUCAACAACGCAGGGGUUGGAGCAGGUGGCAGGAAGAAGGAUGGGUUUAACCUAGUCUUUCAGGUCAACCACCUUGGUCACUUCCUUCUGACUCACCUCCUCUUAGAGCGGCUGAAGCUCAGUGCACCGAGCCGUGUGGUGAUUGUGGCCUCCAGUGCACAUCGAUCGGGGAAGAUAGACUUUGAGAACCUCCAUAAGCCGGUGGAAGGGAUACUGCAGAACUUCCAGGCUUACUGCAACAGCAAACUGGCCAACAUCUUGUAUGCCCGAGAGCUGGCCAACAAACUGGAGGGAACUGAUGUAACCUGCUAUGCUGUUCACCCAGGGCUCGUUAACACGGAACUAUUCCGCUACAUUCCGAUCUGGCUGUGGCCAUUCUUUGUUCCGAUCUCCUGGAUCUUCUUCCGAGACCCUACUGAUGGAGCCCAGACCUCUAUCUACUGUGCCACACAGGAGGGGAUUGAGAUGUUCAGUGGACGGUACUUUGUGGACUGCCGGGUACAAGAUCCCAGGCCCCUGGCCCGUGAUGAUGCUGUUGCCAAGAAGCUGUGGGAAGUCAGUGAGAGGAUGGUGGGUUUGGCUGCUUAGAACGUGCUAUCCCCUGACCCGGACAGCUAUGUGGGGACCAUAGACUAGAAUAGCAGUGGCUGCUGUAGGGGUAGGACUAAGGUGCAUUAGGAAACUGAGGGGGCCUCGGACUGACAAGAGAGAGGCAGAGCUGAACGAGGGGCCUCAGAUGCAUUAGAAGUUACAGGGUGGAAGCUCCAUGGCAUCUAGGCUAUCCAACAUGGUAAUAUGAACAACAUUUACUCGUCUUUUUAAGAAGCGGGAUUUUCUUUACACUGCAUCUAACAAAUAAGAUUUUGAGAGCUGGGACUCCCACUCUGAAUGUAGAUGCCUUACCCUGCCCCACAAUGUGUAAGGUUGAUGAUGUGGGUUCUGCUGGUGCUAUCCACUCUCAUUUCUCUCACCUCCAAGCCCUGUUUCAUACCCAAACACUUUAGAUAGCAUUUUCUAUAAUUGUAUCAGUUAAAACACAAUAAAAAUAACUGUUUGAAAGGGUGAAUUAAAACACCUCCUGGAGC